AUGGCCCCCUCUACAACCACCCCAACAGCCUCCUUGAUAACCACUUCACCCUCCAAACCAAGACUCCCUGCGCCUCUCUCCGAGUCCACUUGCAUCGCAACAACGAAAGAACGGAAAUACUACCGUGCCCCGGCCGUCUUUCUCAAGCGCAGUCUACGGCCGGAUGAGUAUCAGACAGGGCCGGAUGGUGCAACCGUUCAUGUCCCUCACUUGGCGAGGGAGAGGCUGAUGAAUGAGGCGGCUGCGCUGGAUUUUGUGAUGCGGAAUACGGAUUUGCCCGUCCCCCGGGUCUGGGCAUACUUCGAAUCGGACGGCGCUUACUGUCUAAUGACCGAAGCAAUGCCGGGCGUUGAACUGUCGUGUCUUUGGGAAGAUCAGAAGCCGACCGUGUUGGCCGAGUUAGCCAAACACGUAGCUACACUCAAGACGCUGCGGUCGGACCGGCUCGGGGGUCCGACCGGGUUGGUGGUGCCCCCUGUGAGGCUUCGGUCGGGAGGGAACGGGGAAGAACUUUCGGGGGAGAGCGAGACCCCCACUACCCUGCCUAGCAAACCCUACGUCUUCUGCCAUAACGAUUUGCACCAGAACAACAUUCUCGUCGACCCAUCCACACUCAAGAUCACCGCCAUCCUCGACUGGGAAUAUGCCGGAUUCUAUCCUGCUUGGGUUGAGUGCCCUGCUGCGUGCUACACCCGGCUUGGGGAUUGUGUUGGCCUAGAAUUCCAAUAG